UACGUUUAUAUCGGCUUCUAUCGUUUUCAGUUUAUGUCAAAGGGGGCGCAAUAUGAACGAAUACCUCAGUAAACGCUGAACUCUAGUCGCAGGGGAUGAGCUCAGCUUUGAUUGAGUGAGUUCUCAGGAGUCAGACCCCUGUCCUGCAGACCAGAGCCCCUAAUUACCUAAACAACAGAUCCGAGAAGAACCAUCCUCUUUACUGCAUGUCGGCCCAUAAAUUCCGUCAAGCUCUUCUUUGCUCUUGUGACUCUAAAGUACUGAAGGAAACUUCAGCCGCUGUUUUGUACGCACCUGCUCCUCUCUUCCAGAGGACCCCGGAGAGUAGUUCAGAAUGAACUCAACACUUUUUAACGACACAGACAUUGCUUUGUUUUCCAACAGAAGCAGCGAGAGCUUUCUGUCCUGCUGUAAUUUGUCCUCAGUGGUGACGGACAGCGGGUUUGCGUCCGCGGCGCUGGACGAGCGCAGCGUGUUCAUCAUGCGCACGGUGCAGAUCGCGGUGAUGUGCGUGCUGGCGCUCACCGUGGUCUUCGGCAUCUUCUUUUUAGGCUGUAACUUGCUCAUUAAGUCCGAGGGCAUGAUCAACUUUCUUGUCACGGAUAGAAGACCGUCAAAGGAUGUCGAAGCCGUCAUCGUGGGAUCGUACUAAUGCGUAAAAGUUUCACGGUCAGAUGGGAAGCGCGCAUUGGUAAUGUUUGAAACUAUCCGUAUUGCCCUCCAGAAACAAAGAGAUGUUUUAAGACGGUAGAAGAAACUGGCACAUUACAUUUAUGAUUCAUUGUUUACCCUUUCCACUGGGGAAAAGCGCAGUUUAUGAGAAGGUGAAAGUGACUGCUGUGUAAAAUAUAGAAGAGGAAACAAUUGGACACGGACUGUUUUUCCCAAGUCUGUGGACCACGAAAGAUUAAUGUUCAUGAGAUUAAUGCUUGUGGCACAAACUGAGAUUUAUGUGGGUAAACACUGCGUACAUUUUGAGUAAUGCAUUUGGAGUUUAAUGAAGGAAUCAUUUUAUACUGUAUGUGCAACUAAAGCACUUCUUAAAGCUGGAUAUUUAUGUAUUUUGUGCAACAUUCAGUGACUGAUGUCUUUGUUCUGCUACAGUAUGUUCUCCAACUAAUUUACUGUUAAAUUACAUGUGGGAAGUUUUAUAAGUUGUCCAGAAAAACUGUGGUUUGCACUUAUUGUAAUUUGCAUGUUAAUGGAUGAAUUAUGUAUCAAGGAUUUGUUACAGUGAGGUAAAUCGAAAAUGAUAAAUGUAAUGGAUGUCUGCAACCUCAAAACUUUUUUUUCUAAUUAUAUAA